AUGAUCAGCAAAUGCUAUAUAAAUUGUGAGAUCAUUCUUGAUUUCAAUAGUCUGCUCUUUUCGAUACUGAAAAAGCAAAAUCCCGAUCUAAAUUUAAGUUUGAACGAUGUUUAAGAGAAUCCCAAAAAGUACUUAGAAACCUAAGAAUUGUUGCUGUAGAAUUUAAGCAUUUUAAAGCCAUAGAUAGGAGUCAUCGAAACACUGUAAUUUCUGGAAUCCUAACACAUUUAACCAAUCAUCUAUUCUGAAUUCGCAUAAUUGUUGCAAUAGCACUUCCCCUACUUGAACUGGCAAGAAUUUACAGAUUCAGAUUAAAAUGCUAUAUUCAUAGAUCCAAGAAUAGAUUUUUGCGAAUAGUUACUUAAAAAGAAUCUAAAUGUAGUUCUGUUCAAGAAUCAUAAAUUAAAGGAUAAAGAUUAUUGGAAUCAAUUAUUAUAAAAUAAACCAAUCCUUUUUGCAGAAUCCUGGGAAACCUUCCCUUGGUAAUCAUUUAAAUUGGUUACUUAACCGAUUUUUUCAGCCGAUCAAUAUAAAGUAAAUGAGAGUGAGAAUGCUUCAACCAAGUACUGGAAUACAUUUAUAAAAUUGAAUCCAAUAGAAUUCACAAGCAAGAUAAUUCAUGGUAGAAACAGAGGCGGAACUAUGUUAGGCAUACCCACAGCAAAUUUAUAAAUAAAUGAGGAGAUUUAAUAACUAACCAAAAAUCUAUUGCCAGGGGUGUAUGCAGGUAUUACUUACCUUGAAAAUAAGCAAUAUGGUGGAGUUUUGUCUAUUGGAUAUAAUCCAUAUUUUUUGGACACUCCCCAAACGAUUGAAGUUCAUCUUUAUGGAGAAUUUUAAGAGGACUUCUAUGGUGCCAAUUUAAGAUUGAUAAUUACACAUUUCCUUAGGCCAGAAUCCGAUUUUAGAACAUUUGAUCAUCUGAUUAAAGCAAUUAGCAAUGAUAAGAUAAUAGCAAGGAAAUUAGUGUGUUGA